GAGAUUUAAAGUGGGCACCCUCAUGGACCUAUCACUAAGAGGGGUUUGAUUGUCCUCUGUGAGCUGUCUUGCUCUCUUCUCUUGCCGCUCAAAGUGAACAGCAGCUUUCUCAUCUUCUCCUUUUGAUACCGGCACCAGACUCACACAAUGAAUACUGCUGGCUACAGUACCAUGAGCAGUGGUGUUUUAGGACACACUAGUGCUGCCUCGAGGAACUACACCAGCGCGUCCUACGCUGGAAAGAGCUCAUCCUACUCUGGCAGGCAGAUGGCCAUGGCUGGGAGUAACGGCGGGUACGCGAUGAGAAUGGGCAGUGGGGUGGGAGUCGCAGGGGCAGUCGGAGGCUUCGGCCGCAGCGCUGUCAGCGGAUACGGUGGUGCAUCGUAUGGGAACGCUGGUUUAGGUGGGGUGGUAGGGGUAAGAGGCCCUGGGCUUCUUGCCUCUGGGUUGGGUAGCUCUGGGUUUACUGGCACCGGAUUCACUGGCUCCGGAUUCGGUGGCACCGGAUUCAGUGGCCCCGGAUUCGGUGUCCCCGGGUUGAGAGCCCCCUUAUUCGGUGCCCCCGGGUUGAAAGGUGUCAGGUCCGGUGGCCCCGGGUUUGGUGUCCCUGGGUUAGGUGGCCCCGGGUUUAAAGGCCCCGGGUUCGGUGGCCCCGGCUUCAGCCCCAUGGGUGGUGUCCCGGGCAUGUUCGUGCCUCCAAUUUCUGCCGUUCAACUUGACCCCGGUCUGCUCGUGCCCCUUGAUUUGUCUGUGGACCCCACCGUCAAUGUCAUCCGCAGCCAGGAGAAGGAAGACAUCAAGAUCCUGAACAACCGCUUCGCUAGCUUCAUCGGAAAGGUACGUACCCUGGAGCAGCAGAACAAGUUGCUAGAGACCAAGUGGAUCUUGCUCCAGGAACAGACCAUCACUCGCUCCAACAUUGACACUAUGUACGAGGCCUAUAUCACAAACAUACGCAGGCAGAUCGACAGUAUAACCAGUGAGAGAGUGAAGCUAGACGCAGAGCUGAAGAACAUGCACAAUGUGGUGGAAGAGUACAAGACCAGAUACGAAGAGGAAAUAAACAGAAGAGCGACAGUGGAAAAUGAAUUUAUCCUGAUCAAGAAAGAUGUUGACAUUUCCUACAUGACCAAAGUAGACUUGGAGUCAAAGGUUGACGCUCUUCAGGACCAGAUUAGCUUCCUCAGGGCUGUCUAUGACGAGGAGCUAAAUGAGCUGCAGUCCCAGAUCAAGGACACGUGUGCGUGUGUGAAGAUGGACACCACCCGCACUCUUGAUAUGGAGGCAAUUGUGUGCGAAGUGCGUGCGCAGUAUAACGAAAUUGCCCAGCGCAGUCGUGAAACUACUGAGGCAUGGUACCAGGCGAAGUUUGAUCAGAUGCAGACCACUGCAGGAAGAUUUACUGAGGACCUCAAGACCACUAAAGCAGAGAUGGCAGAGAUGACUCGCACAGUCACCCGUCUACAGACUGAGAUCGAGUCCACUAAAGUGCACAACACAAGCCUGCAGGUCCAAAUCUCAGAUGUGACAGUCCGUGGGGAAGAGGAGAUUGCCGAGGCUAAGGUCCGCUUCAAGGACCUGGAAGAUGCCCUGCAGAAAGCGAAGCUGAGCAUGGCCCAACAGGUGUGUGAGUACCAGGAGCUGAUGAACGUCAAGCUGGCCCUGGACAUCGAGAUCGCCACCUACAGGAAGCUGCUGGAAGGAGAAGAGUGCAGACUGUCCAGCGGGGGAUCGCUUGCUACCGUUCUUGUUCAGACUAAUGGUGGAGAGCCAUACAACAUGUCCACCAUUGGAGGUGGACUUGGAGGCGUCGGUAGCGGCAGCAUGACCAUGAUGGCUGGAGGCGUAGGCGUAGGCGGACUGGUUGGAGCCGGCCGCUACAGCAUGGGCACUGCGGCAAGCACAAGUGCUUUUGCAGGCAAAGGUCUUUCCGCCAUGUCACACGGCUAUGGCAGGACCAAAAUGACCUUGGGCGGAGCAAGCAUGGGCAUGAGUGCAGCCGGUAUGGGUGCAGUCGGUAUGAGUGCAGCCGGUAGUGCAGUCGGUAUGAGUGCAGUCGGUAUGGGUGCAGCCAGUAUGGGUGCAGCCGGUAUGACCAGAUUCUUGUAAAGACAGGACCCACCAGCCAUCUCCUCCCCUCCUUGCACCUACCUGUCUUAACCUCUCCAUGCACAUCAAUAACUGCCCUAACUUAAUCUGGCCCAACCUACACAAAGAGAAACAGGGCAUCUAUUGAUUCAAACAUGUCGUGUUCCAAACAACUUAAUGGCCUUCCAACAUGAGUAUUGCAAUAUAUAUUCAAGGAAGAAAGAAACAAUAAAAAAUUGAAUUUCAGAUUUGUUAAAAGCAGCAGAAUAAAAAUAAAUACACUCUGUUGUGAGAAAUAUUA